CCCCUUCCCCCUGGCCCACCGGCUCACCAUGAAGGAGGUGUUUGACGCCGAAGGCCGGCCGAGGGUGGACCUGCUCAAAGCUCACCUCACCAAGGAGGGCCGACUGGAGGAGGCCGUGGCCCUGCGCAUCAUCGAUGAGGGCGCCGCCAUCCUGCGCCAGGAGCGCACUAUGUUGGAUAUUGAGGCGCCAGUCACGGUGUGUGGAGAUAUCCACGGCCAGUUUUUCGACCUGAUGAAGUUGUUUGAAGUGGGAGGCUCUCCUGCCAACACACGCUACCUCUUCCUAGGGGACUAUGUGGACAGGGGCUAUUUCAGUAUCGAGUGUGUGUUGUACCUGUGGUCACUGAAAAUCCUCUACCCAAAGACGCUUUUUCUUCUACGGGGAAACCAUGAAUGUAGACAUCGGACAGAAUAUUUCACCUUCAAACAAGAAUGUAAGAUCAAGUACUCGGAGCAGGUGUAUGACUCCUGCAUGGAGGCGUUUGAUUGCUUGCCCCUAGCAGCCCUGAUGAACCAGCAGUUCCUGUGUGUGCAUGGGGGGCUUUCACCAGAGAUCCACACGCUGGACGACAUCAAGAAGUUGGACCGAUUCAAGGAGCCCCCAGCAUUUGGACCCAUGUGCGACCUGCUGUGGGCCGACCCCCUGGAAGACUUUGGCAACGAGAAGACCCAGGAGUACUUUGGUCACAACACAGUCCGAGGCUGUUCUUAUUUCUACAGUUACCCAGCAGUGUGCGAGUUCCUACAGACCAACAACCUGCUGUCAAUCAUCAGAGCGCAUGAAGCACAGGAUGCUGGGUAUCGUAUGUACAGGAAGAGUCAGACUACAGGUUUCCCCUCCCUCAUCACCAUCUUCUCUGCUCCAAACUACCUGGAUGUGUACAACAACAAAGCUGCGGUGCUGAAGUACGAGAAUAACGUGAUGAACAUCCGCCAGUUCAACUGCUCUCCUCAUCCCUACUGGCUGCCCAACUUCAUGGACGUCUUCACCUGGUCGCUGCCUUUUGUAGGAGAAAAGGUGACUGAGAUGCUGGUCAACGUCCUGAGUAUCUGCUCUGACGACGAACUCAUGAACGACGGAGAGGAGAUCUACGACGCCAGUGCAGCAGCAGCCAGGAAAGAAGUGAUCAAAAACAAGAUCCGAGCCAUUGGGAAGAUGGCUAAAAUGUUCUCUGUCCUACGGGAGGAGAGCGAGAACGUGUUGACCCUAAAGGGACUGACCCCUACAGGCAUGCUGCCCAGCGGAGUGCUGUCUGGGGGAAAACAGACCCUGCAGAGCGCUACCAUUGAGGCCAUAGAAGCCAUCGAGACAGUUAAGGACGCUGAAGCCAUCCGAGGCUUCUCCCCGCAGCAUCGGAUCAGCAGUUUCGAAGAGGCCAAAGGUCUGGACCGGAUCAACGAGAGGAUGCCACCGCGGCGCGAUGCCGUCAACAGCGUGGGCCUGUCGAUGGGCCGCAUGAACAUGGGAGAGCCCAAUGGGACCGACAGCAACAGCAAUAUACAGUGAUGGACACGCGCUCCCACAUGACCAGACACAUACCUGCAGUUCUGAUAUGGUACCAUAUUUAUAGAUUUGUGUACAUAGGCAUAAAUACACAAUAAACAUGCAUCACACACACUAACAAAGUAAUUCAUGCACCAAAUAGGCUACACACAUACACACACACAACACAAACACACACACGAUUACCUUCCCCUCUCCCGUUGCCCUCAGCUGUAUGUAAAGGCAUGAGCGUACCUGGACUUUACCACCAAAGGCUGAGUCUCUUCACUGAACUGAUCGGCCCUAUUUAGAGAACUACAACUCCCAUGUACUUGCACAACAACAACAACAACAACAACAGGAAAGAAACUACAAAGACACUCCCCAUGCAAAACAGGAGGAGCUGCUGUUCACCGUGUAUGUUGGGGGAUCACCAGUGGGUUGACAGUGUCAGCAUGACGUGGCUGUGUCGGUGGUGUGUGUUGUGUCGGCGGUGGGGGGGUCAGGUGUUUGCAGGGGAGGGGUCAGCGAUCAGGGGGUGGGGGCAUUAAAGACGUGUAUGCUUCUUUUUCCUGUUUGCAUCCGGAAAAAAAAACAGGAAGCGGAACCAAACUGGAUCGAUUUUAUAGGGUUCUUGGAUAUGCCUGCCUGCCUGCGUGCGUGCACAUGCUUCAAACAUGUAAAUGUCCGUGCGGUAAUAUUUGAAAAUGUGUUUUCGUUUGUAUACACGAGCAGAUUGAAGCCGGGGCGACAGCGAGAAAAAAAACUAAACUUCUUCGAUGUGUGGUGUGGUGGUGGUGGUGGUGGUGUAUCUGUUUGCAGAGAGAUGACGAUGAUGAUGAUGAUGAUGUGUGGAGAUAAUCUGCAGCUGCAGUCUAAUCUGAGCCCUCGCUGUCCUUUUCUUCUCGGGAGGAGAUUCCCGUUUGCUUUUGUAGCACUACACUGCACCCAAUCUCUGCUUGGAGUCAACACACACACAAAAAAAAAACAGCUAUCUCUCUGGAAAGGCUUGAAAAUUGGGCCCAGAUUUGAAGUGUUUCUCCUUAUCUGUUGUGUGUAAAUAGGAUACAUAGAGAGGUUUUAUUGCACAUUUGAUGCAUAUGGUCACACGAUGCAGGAUGCAGUAUAGUAGGAUGCUUUAUGGGAGCCAUUCGUGGUGGUUGGUUGGUGUUGGUUGGUCGGUUGGUUGGUGGGGGGGAGAGGGAGUUGAAAUGUGAAGUCAUACUCUAUUCAUCCUCUUUCUACAUCCUCCUUUCCUCCCGCGCUGCUGCCUGCUAACAAACAGCAGUGACUGUCCCGGGAAUCUCCGGCCUAAAAAAGCAGGAAAUGAUAUUUCACAGAGGAAACAGACUCUUCUGGUUAAGGCAGCAGCCAAGACAACAAGAAGAAGUCAGAAGAAAAGGUCUUUGUAAAGCAUUUAUAUUAACGCAUCAGUGCAUGCAGAGUUAAGUUCUUUGAUAAUAAUGUGAAGAUUAUAUUUGUGCUCUGUGUUUCACUAUGGUAGGGUUUUAUUUUUUCUUUUAUGUUUUUUUUCUGGCUAAUAUAAACGAACUGAGGAAUAACGAGUAAUUUAUUUUGUACAUAAUGUUAAUUUAAUUUAUUUUUUGUAUUCAUUUUGUUUUGUUGUUUUCAUGUUUUCUUUCUUUUCUGUUCUUUUUUUUUCACAGCCUGUGUUUCUGUUUAUUUUUUUCUUUCUCGACGCUGUACAGAAUGACAGUACGCUUCUAUUCAAAGUGUCAAGUCCACGUUCUCUCUCUCUCCUCUCUUCUUUGUCGAUGUACAGGAGUUGUUUUUAAAUGAUAAAUAUGAAUAACGAUAAACAAAUAUAAACUAGCAUUGAUGAAUGACCAUACUAUAUACAGAGGCACAGGCAUUCAGGCAGCCAAAAGCAUGAUUGCAUGGUUAAAAUUUGCGCUGUUCAAAAGCAAAAAGCAGCAAAGACACAUUUUAACAGAAGAGCCGGUGUGUUGCCGUCACAAUUUAAAGGAAAAAAAGUGUACUCUCUCUCUCUCUGAUCAUAAUUCUUGAUGAUUCCUCUUGUUAUUUGAUGAUAUUUAUGAUUCUAUGAUUAUUAUGAUUCUAUUUAUUAUGAACAUUAUUCUUAAUAUUUAAGCUCUCUCUCUCUGUCUCUCUCUCUCUCUCUCUCUUUGCUGGUUGCUCUUCAUGUUGCGUUGCUCCUUGGUUGAUCUUGUUGUGCUUCUUUGGGAGAGGUGAACCCCCCUGGGAGACCCUGUGCCAUAGAAAUUGUGCCACGGUUCUUACUUUCUCUCUCUCUCUCUCUCUUUCUUUCUCUCAGUCUCUCUCACUCUCUUCCUCCUCUCUUUCUGUUUUGACUCCCCAGUCACUAACACUGUAAGCAUGCCCCAUGGGACGAUCCACUUUUUUACUCUUGAAUAAAAUAUGCAUGAACCUUU